GGACGCCGCUGAGUGCGUUUGAAGCUUUCUCCUCCCCCCCCCCAAUCCCCUAUUUGGAUUAAAAAAAACGGGAAGGCUCUCGGAGAAAAGAUGAGCAGCUCGGCCGAGCAUGAGAGCCAGACCCCGGGAAAGAGCGUUUCUGUCAACAACCCCGGCAGCGGAGUCAAACAGCCCGAGAAACGGAAGCGGCAGGAGGAGCAGGAGCAGGAGACGGGGCGGAAAGUCCGGAAAAUAGAUGAAGGACACUGCAGUAAAGUAGCUGCACACUACAAUGAGCUUCAGGAAUGCGGUUUGGAAGUUCGUAGUCAGAGUCGUAUCGUUUACUUGCGCAACUUCAACAAUUGGAUCAAGAGUGUCCUUAUUGGAGAGUAUCUUGAAAAGGUGAAGCAGAAGAAUAGGCACAACAUCUCUGUCUUGGACCUAGGUUGUGGAAAAGGUGGUGAUUUACUGAAGUGGAAAAAAGGACAGAUUAACAAGCUGGUUUGUGUUGAUAUAGCUGAUAUUUCUGUGGAACAGUGCAUUCAGCGAUAUGAUGACAUGAAAAACAGAUGUUACGCUAACGAACAGCUUUUUGCUGCAGAGUUUGUAAGAGCAGACUGCACCAAGGAGUUGCUGACUGAGAAAUAUCAGAAUUCUGACAUAAUGUUUGAUAUCUGUAGCUGUCAGUUUGUCUACCAUUAUUCCUUCGAGACAUUGCAACAGGCAGACACCAUGCUGAAGAAUGCCUGUGAUCGCUUGCGCCCUGGAGGUUACUUCAUUGGCACUACACCAAAUGCCUUUGAACUUGUAAAACGCCUGGAAGCAUCAGAAACCAACUCGUUUGGAAAUGAAUUUUACAGUGUAACAUUUCAGAAGAAGGGCGAAUACCCACUGUUUGGCUGCCAGUACGACUUUAACUUGGAAGGAGUAGUUAAUGUCCCUGAGUUCCUUGUUUAUUUUCCACUGUUUGAAGAGAUGGCUAAAAAGCACAAGAUGAAACUCGUUUUAAAAAAGAGCUUUUCAGAAUUUUUCAAAGACAAAGUCCAGAAUUCAGAACAUAAAAUGCUGCUGAAGAAAAUGAAGUCAUUAGAGCAAUAUCCUAGUGCAGAGAAUAGUGGUAGUCAUUUGUUUAAUAAGGAGGAUUAUGUGCAUGCAGAACAUUACCUGAAGAACCCACAAGCAAGAGCGCCACUCGGAACAUUAAGCAAAUCAGAGUGGGAGGCUACAAGCAUAUAUUUAGUUUUUGCAUUUGAAAAGCUGCCAUAAGCAAGCGAGCAAACCUCUAUUUUUCGCUGGGAACUUCUUUGGUACCCGACGACAUGAAGCUGCGGUACUAGAGAGGACUUAACUGCAGCAGUUAACCCCUUGAAGACUGCUUUGACGUACAGUGUUUUAAGACUGACAUGCCAGUUAAGUCUGCAAGAUAUUUUGGAUGGUUGUGGAUUCAAGCUGAAGCCCUCAGUGGACCAGUUUUCUGAGUUGUUAGAUGUACAAGAAGCGAUGUCUUGCUGGAAUGUGUUUUUUUUUUUCGUUUAUUUUCUCUGUUUGUUACUUGAUUUUGUUUUACCUGCCAGUAUAUACUUUUGUUUAAAACAUUUUUGGAUACUGAACUUUUUAUUUUUUAGGAUGACCAAGUUCAAGAAAUGAUGAUGUUAGAAAGUUGAAUUGGUUGUUAAAUAUAUUAUUAAAAAAAAUACUCACAAAAAGG